AUGUCAAUUGCCGAGUCCACCGAGACCUCGGAGUACCAGUACUUCCCCAUCAUUGGAAUUUCUGUGAACUCCGAGGAUUCAUCUAAGUUGGGUCCUGAGACCCCUGUCCCCAUUCGUCAGAAUAUCGACACAUGGAGCCAAGACCCCGCCAACGAGAAGCAGGUCAAGCUGUUUGUGAUGGCAUUGCUUCGUUUCCAACAGAUUGAUCCUAAAGAACGGGAGUCAUACUUCCAAAUUGCUGGAAUUCACGGUCAGCCCAAUGUGCUAUGGGAUGAGCCAACUAUCGACGAGGAUACAAAGGGCAAGGGAUACUGUACUCACAACAAUAUCCUGUUCCCGAUUUGGCACCGAGCUUACCUAGCACUUUACGAGCAACGUAUUCACGAAAUCAUGGUUAAGGAGAUUGUCCCUAAUUUUGCGGAGGACCAGCGCCCCCAAUGGCAAGAAGCUGCCGAGACAUGGCGUCUGCCCUUCUGGGACUGGGGUCUCACUACUUCUGUCCCUGAUCUGUGCAAGUACCCAUACACCUUUGUGCCGACCGCAGACGGCACCGGCGAAGAAAGCAUCCACAAUCCUCUUUUCCAGUUCCGCAUGCCAAACAAUCAGCCUAUGUCUGCUUAUGGCAUGGACAACUUCAAGGACCCCUGGGUUGAUGAUGGAGACAUGCUAUUCUAUGGUGAAUGUGUGGGAACCACUCGUUGGCCUGAUGCGGGCGAGUCUGCCUCUGGUACCAACACAUGGAAGUACGGUGUGGUGAAUAACUACAAGGUGCAGGAGGCAAUGAAGAAGCCAGCAUGGGUUGCCGACUCGCCGUACGGUCAGCCAUCCGAGAUGAUAUACCGUCUAUUAUCAACUCCCAUGGAUUACACGACGUUUGCAACCACGGCUCAAUUGACGGACGAUCAGAACAUCACGAACGACAUCAAUAUUGAGUAUCUCCACAAUAACAUUCACGGUUGGGUUGGUGGCGAUCUCAAUGGACACAUGUCGCAGAUCCCAGUCGCCUCAUUUGACCCUAUGUUUUGGCUUCACCAUUGUAACAUCGACCGUAUUUUUGCCCUAUGGCAAGCCCUCAACCCGGAUAAGUGGUUUGAGAAGUCGACCGUCAACGAAUUUUUCCAACAAGUCAUUGGCCUCCCUAAGGGAACGGAGAUCACCCCUAACACUCCUCUACGACCAUUCCACAAAGAUACCACUGGGACCCCCAUGAAGCCUGUGGAUGUUCGUUAUCCUUACAAGCUUGGCCAUACCUAUCCCGAGUUACAGACCUGGACCUACAAGCCUGAGAACUACACUUCCGAGCCCUUCCUUGCAAACCUCCGGAAGACUAUCAACGACCUCUACGGUAUGUCGAGACAGCAGUUGAUUGAUGCAACCGGCAACAUCAAGGGAGUGGAGUAUUUGGAAGAUGGUACAAAGUCUAUGGACUAUUCGUUUAGUGUUCGUUACCGCAAAUAUGCCAUUGGUGGCGGUGAACCGUUUUGGAUUCGUAUCUACCUUUCCCAGGAUGGUAAAACGCGAAACGCCAGCGUGGACUUGAUCACUGAACUUUACAACUUCAGUCAGAAGCCCGAGGACAAUUCAGGAAAGCUUGCAUGUGGCAAUUGCAAGGACAACAAGGACAACGACAUGCGGUCUACUGCCAAUAUCUCGCUCACUCCUAUCUUAAUCAGUCUUCUCAAGUCGGGCAAAGACUUAGCCAGUCUUGCCAAGGAUGAUGUCCUGAAGUUCAUCCAGGAGAGGGCUUAUUGGAGAGUGUUUAAGUCAGGUAAGGAGCUGGAAUCGUGGCAGGUGGAUGCCCUGGACCUCAAGAUUAUCGGAAGCACAAACGAUUCGACUGUCUACAACGAUGCUACGAAGCCUCCAAAGCUGGAGAACUUCAAGGAGGAACCCACUAUCUCCGGAGGGCCAGGUGGUGCCAUGAACCCCGCCUUCAAGCAGCCCGUAACAGUUGCUCCUCCGGUCGUGCCUGCUAUUCCUAAGGCUGCUCUUAAGGUUAAUUCUUUCAUACCCUUCAAGGAGGUCCUCAAGGCCGACGGCGUGGUCAUCAUCGACUCAGCCAGCCUGGACCUCACCCCCGCUAAGACUUCAGGUAUCGACAACACCCAAAUCUUCCUCAACGAGGGCAAAAACGGAGAUGGAGAUAUCCUGUUCUUGCUCUCUAUCAGACGAGCCGAGAACCAGAUCGUCUUCAACACCAACAUCGAUAACGCCUUCGGAAAGGAAGUGCGUAUCUCGUUGGAGAACAGGUUCAAGGGCAAAACGCCUUCUAUUCUCAUUCAUGACCAGGGUGAUGGCUAUGAGGUGUUUAUCGACUGGAAGCACGCCCUUUACUUUGAGAAGCGCGCUCCAGGCAAGAUCGCCCAAUCCGUGUCCUACGGCGUCAACGCUGGGCAGACACCUGCAUGGUCUUCUAGCUUGAAGGUGAAGGUGUACGCUUCGAUGAGGGAGGUGUUCCACCAUUAG